GUGUCGCCUCCUUCUUUGUCUCCGGCCCGACACCUCGACACCAGGGCACGUCUUCCCUUUUCCCCUUAAGUUCUGAGGAUAUAUUUACACAUAUAUCCUUUAUUUUUGACAUUGAAUGACCGUCGACUCUGAACUAUUUAUGCCUAAAAGUAAAGCGCCGAAAAUGGAUGACCUGGACUACAUCCCAGUAGACCUGAGCCCCGAGGAGCGCUCGGAGCUGGAGGACAUCCGCCGGAGGAAGGGCGUCCUGCUGCAGGAGAUCCAGCGGCUCCGAGAGGAGCUGAGAGAGGCCAUCCUGGAGGUGGAGGGGCUGGAGACCAGCACAGAGGGCAGCAAAACCUUACAAAAAAGCCGUCAUGUGGCCAUGGGAAGGAAGAAAUUCAACAUGGACCCAAAAAAGGGCAUUGUCUUUCUGGUGGAGAACGAGCUCCUCAGACACACUCCAGAGGACAUCGCUCAGUUCCUGUACAAGGGAGAAGGCCUCAACAAGACGGCCAUCGGAGAUUAUCUGGGUGAAAGGGACGACUUCAACAUCAAAGUCCUCCAGGCUUUCGUCGACCUCCACGAGUUCACCGACCUCAACCUGGUCCAGGCCCUGAGACAGUUCCUGUGGAGUUUCCGUUUGCCCGGCGAAGCCCAGAAGAUCGACAGAAUGAUGGAGGCCUUCGCUCAGAGAUACUGCCACUGCAACCCCGGCGUCUUCCAGAGCACCGACACAUGCUACGUGCUGUCAUUUGCCAUAAUUAUGCUGAACACGAGUCUCCAUAACCCCAACGUGAGGGACAAACCCGGGGUGGACCGCUUCAUCUCCAUGAACCGCGGCAUCAACGAGGGGGGAGACCUGCCCGAGGAGCUGCUCAGAAAUCUGUACGAAAGUAUUAAAAACGAGCCGUUCAAGAUCCCCGAGGACGACGGCAACGACCUGACGCACACCUUCUUUAACCCGGACAGAGAGGGGUGGCUUCUGAAACUCGGGGGAAGGGUGAAAACCUGGAAACGCCGAUGGUUCAUCCUCACAGACAACUGCCUUUAUUACUUUGAAUAUACAACAGAUAAAGAACCACGAGGCAUCAUUCCCUUGGAAAAUCUUAGUAUUCGUGAAGUAGAAGACCCAAGAAAGCCAAACUGCUUUGAGCUGUACAUCCCCAACAACCGCGGCCAGCUGAUUAAAGCGUGCAAGACGGAGGCUGACGGCAGAGUGGUGGAGGGGAACCACAUGGUGUACCGGAUUUCUGCUCCCACACCCGAGGAGAAGGACGAAUGGAUUCACAGCAUCAAGUCUGCUGUCAGCGUGGAUCCCUUCUACGAAAUGCUCGCCGCCAGGAAGAAACGUAUAUCACUGAAGAAGAAGGAGGAGCAGCCGUAGAUUGUGCACUUCGUUUUCUUCCCGUCUUCCUUCGUCCCCGCUCCCCUCUGCCCGUCCUGAAACUUUUCUGAACCCCUUCUUCUUCUUCUCCCCCGGUCCUCCAACUCCUCCUCCUUCCUGUCCCGAGGACUCCCUCGCUCAGACUCUGAAAAGGCCACAUGAGGAGUGAGGAGUCCAGCUGCUGUGGCUGCUUCUCCACAUCUCAGUUGUUACUCGACCGCUGUUACACUCGACUGUCCCGCCGCGCCCGUCUGUCCCGCGGUCUCGCCACGCUCGUCUCUCACCGGUGGUUCCAGUGGCCUGUGAAGCGUGCGUUCGGCCAUCUUCACACCGCUGCUGAUCAUCUUUACGGCACCUUUUUGGUCCUGUUCAGGCCUCUCAGCCACACUUGCUCAACUUGGGAGAGGAGGAUGUUAAACUGCUGUGAUCGUCAUCAUCUUCUCAGGUGAUGGUGAGUUUCAAAGCCUUAUCUUCCUGGUGGAACUCAAGUGUCUUCAUUUACCACCCAAAAAAAAAAAAAAACUUGAACACAGCUUUUCACAACUUUUAAUCUAAUAUUAAAAAAAAAAAAAAAAAACUAAAUUAAAAGUUCAAUCAGCAUCGGUGUGAAUAUGGUCGCGACGCACCAAGCAAGCGGAGUAGCUCUCUGAUCAGUGCGGCCUGAAUAAGACAUUGCCUUUCUUGAUUGUGCGUCGCCCAGACAAAAUGUGAAUUCACUUUCGAAACACUAACGAACUUCAGUUCUUGCUGGAAAGCGGAGCGAUGAACCAGCUGGAGGCGAUUCCACAGGACUUUUGUGAUCGUAUUACAUCGACAUGACCACGCCCCAUACUGAGGUACUGUAAGCAUUAUGUGAAGAGCAUCUUUACUGUAUAGUUACACAGAAGUAUUGCCAAGUUAACUGUUAAUCUUUCAAUACAGUCGAGUCUCUGAGCAAAAAAAAAAAAGAAAAGAAGAAGUUAGUAACACAUGGAAGAAGCUGGUUUCCCUGCAGGCAGCAUCUUGAUUCAGCUCGCUGAGGAAGUAUAUAUUUUCUUUAGCAUGUUUUUUUUUUUUUUUUUUUUACAUGUGUGAGCAAUAGCAGAGUAGAAAAACCAUAGAUGGAAGGCUUGUUAACUACUCCUUUAAAACACUAUAACUGAGCAGUAACUCACAUCAUGGCAGAUGUAACGUUCCAGCAUGCGACUCGCUCAUCUCUCACCAGUAAACCGCCGCUCUGUCCGCUAGCGUCAGUCUGAACUCAUCACAAAGGCAGCUCAUUACGAUGUACACUCUCUGUAAAUAGAUGUUUAGCAUAUUUGUUUACGAUACACAUAGAAAUUAUUUAAUUUAUUCUUUAUCUUUUGUUAAAAUCCGAUUUUGUACGAGCUACUGUAUUACUGCAUGUCGGUUAAAAACGGAGUCGUCGCUUGUAGGUGCCGAUGGAUCUCUGAUCAUGCUAGUGCACUGAUUUGAAAAGUGUUAGUGUUCCCUGUUGACUCGGAAAACUUUAUUAUUAUAGUUGAUUCCUGCUUAGAGUAAAUUUUCCUGUUCAGUUGUAGUUUCUUUUAAAAAUGAGAGAAUUAGGACACUUUUGUAUAGUCUGAUUUAAUUGUUUUUUUUGUUUGUUUUUUCUUUUGUGUGAAUCAGGCUCUAAAAACACACAGAUCAGUGUCGCUGCUCAGAAUUUAUAAACUGGAGAUUAUAACGUUUUGUCUUACAACGAUUUAAAGAAAAUGAAGAGUAAAAACAAGGAACACUAAUAAAUGUUUGAUUCAUUAUGUAAAAGCAAACGAACUUGGAUGAAAUGAAUCAUGAACGAGUUUAGAUGUAAAUUUCGCUUCACAUCCAGUUGAUGAACCAGUCGUCUGAUGAAUUGAUGCUCUAGAUGGUAGGAAUAAUAAUUGUCCUCUGCACUUUAUCAUUUUUUUUAGCAUUUUUUGAGAAAAUGCUCUUGCUCUGACUGAUACUCUUUAGUGCCCUCUUGUGGUAACCACAUACACUACAAUAUGCUAAAGGAUGAACUGUGAAAGAACCCCCCCUCCCCGACAUGAAACGCCUGUGGUCGGUCUCCGGUUGUAGCGGCACCAGGUCUUCACCAACAGGUUUGUCAGUGCUGAGUUCUCUCUGCUGGAUCUCCUGACCGGCAGACCGAGGGAGGCUUCCUUUUUCUUCCCUCCUGGAUGAGACUGACAGAGGCCUAACUUUCUGCUUCCACGUUUUGUGCUCGUGUACAGCACAGGGAUCGUCCGCAGGCCUUCGCUUUCUGGGUAUUCUUGAAGUGCAAAGGUGCCAAAAAGACAAACAAAAACUCUUCACAUUUCCUGCUAAACACAACAUCGAACACUGAAACGAUCUGACUGGAACAGAUCCACUGUUUCCUUCCACCCCAGGUCCACUUCCUUCGGA